AUGAGGACAUAUCUGAUAGUAUUAAGAGAUAAAGUUUUAUUUUCGUUCGCUUGUUUUCGUCUCUUGCAGUUUUCUGUUCGUUGGUAUUUGUUUGGUAAAUGUACUUUUCGAACAUUUUCCUAUUUUGGUUGGUCACAGAGUGUUGCAGCAAAUGAUGUGGAAGGAGAUAUUGAUAACCGAAAUAGCCAAUCGUUGACUAUUGUGCCACCAAACAAAAAAUGGCGUAUAAGUAAUGAAGCAGUAUCUCUAAUUCAUUCUUGUGUUUCGGGGGUAUGGGCUUCUUAUGCUUGUUUGGCUUAUCCGAAAUUGCUCGAAGAUAUGGUUUAUUAUCGAAAUUCGUUUUCGCUGCAUUUGGUUUUUCUAUCCGCUGGUUAUCUGCUUCAUGAUUUAGUUGAUUUGCUAGUUAAUGAACGGUCGUUGCGAAUACUCGAAUUGCUUUUUCAUCAUAUUAUUGUUUUAUUCGCAUUUGCGAUUUCACUUAUAACAAACAAAUUUUUGGGUGUUGUGAUUUAUGGCUUACUUAUGGAAUUGAAUAGUAUUUUCUUGCAUUCUCGUUCGUUAUUAAAUUUAUAUGGUGUGCCAAAGAUGUCAACCUCUUUUCGUAUUAUCGCUUUAUUAAAUGUCGUAUCUUUCAUGAUUUUCCGUAUUUUUAUUAGUUCAUAUUUGUUGUAUUGGCAAUUAACAACAGUUUUCUGGAUGGGUUGGACCUAUGGUGUGAUAACAUUCAUCAUAAUCGCAUCGCUAGGCGUAACUAAUCUCGUUCUUUUAUAUCGAGUGCUCGCUGCAGAUGGUCUUUUGGGUAAAAAAAGACAAAGAAGAGUGCCAAUAAAAACAGAUGCACCCUCUCAGAUUAUAAUAACAUCAGCCAGCUCGACAGAAGACCAUUUUAUCCAAAACUGA